AGAGGAACAAGCUGCUUGAAGUAGAGAAGUGUGCGGUGCAAUGGGCAGCUUGGGAGAUGCAGCUGGGGCCACGGAACUCUUUGCUAGCCCUUCUGACCCUGUAAUAAUUGAACUCAACAGGUUGCAAAAUUGUAUUAUGGAGAAGGAAAGGGAGUUGGGACUAGCUAAAAAUGAAAUCAAGGCCUUGAAAGCAACUGAAAUCUUGAAGGAUAAGGCUGUUAUGAAGUUAAGUAAUGAACUGACGAAAAUGGACGAAAAACUCAGGACCACCGAGAAACAACUUGAACAGAAGAAUCUUGACAUAAAAAAACUAACCAAUGAAAAGAAAGAGGCACUGAUAGCACAGUUUGCUGCUGAAGCAAUUCUAAGAAGGGUCUACGCAACUCAAAAGGAUGAGGAAUUCAUUCCUGUUGAGGUUCUUCUAGCACCAUUUGAGUCAGAAAUCAAGGAAUACAGAAAUGAGAUUCUGAUGCUUCGAGAGGAUAUAAAAGCAUUGGAAAGAUUGACAAAAUCUAAAGAGGAAGCACUAGCGGAAACAGAAAGUCUUCUGCAUAGUGCACUUGAACAAACAAGGAAUGUAGAGGUGGUGCAGAACAAAAAUCAUGAAUUAAAAAGGCAAAUAGAGAUCUACCAGGAAGAGAACAAAAUUCUAGAGAAAACAUAUAGAAAGAAAGUUGUUGAGGUAGAAAAACUUAUGAAAACCAUUCGUGAACUUGAGGAAUCUAUUCUAGCUGGAGGUGUGACUGCCAAUGCAAUAAGGGACUAUCAGCGCAAGAUCACUGAGUUAAAUGAGGACAAAAGGGUGGUUGAGAGAGAGCUGGCUAGAGUUAAAGUUUCAGCAAGUAGGAUAGCAACAGCUGCAGCUAAUGAGUGGAAAGAUGAUGGAGACAAAGUCAUACCUGUCAAGCAGUGGCUGGAAGAGAGGAGAGUUUUUCAGGGGGAGAUACAGAGGUUAAAGGAUAAGUUAACUUUAGCAGAGAGAACAGCAAAGACAGAGAACCAACUGAAGGAGAAACUAAGCUUGAGGUUGAAAACAUUAGAACAGGGCAUGAAGCAUUCAAGUCUUCACAGUGAGAGAAAGAAGAGUGGAUUGCCAUCACCCAAUGGCCUAAAGAAGAGUCCUUAUGCAUCCAACAAUGGAACUGUAUUGCAGAAGCCUAAUUCAAAUUCUGGAGAUGCUGAUAAUGCCAGAGGAACAGAGAACUUAAACUCAUAUGUUGUGAAAAAGAAUUUGCUAGCUUUGAGAAGCAGGUCAUAUAAUGACACUGGGAAGGAAAAUGCAGAAACAAAUGUUAGGCCCAAUGGACAUGCAGAUGAUGUUAUUACUGGAAGAACAGAGGUCAACCAUGAGGUUAAGGAAAAAAAGUAUGAAGACAUCAAAUCACAGAAUGAGAGCCUAGAAGAUGGCUACGAAGAUAUGGUGUCAGGCUUUCUUUAUGACAAACUGCAAAAGGAAGUUAUAAACCUGAGAGAAUCUCACAAGGACAAGGAUAGUGUAUUAAUCAUGAAAGAUGAUGAAAUCAAGUUCCUCCUAAGGAAAGUUGAUGUGCUAGCAAAGGCUGCAGAAGUGGAAUCCAAGAAGAAAAGAAGAAAUGCUAGAGAAAAAGAAAUGAUGAUUAUCUUGGAGGAUAAAAAGUGAAACACUGGCAUCUGAAACAGGUUUGUGAAGUGACUGAAGCAUCAAAAGAAUUCAGAGCUUAGAAGUUGAGCAUACCAUCUAAUGGUAUGUUGUAUCUGGUGAUUCUAAUGUACAGUUUCAAAUAAUUAUCACAUAAUAGAAAAGAUUGUGGAGUUCCUACCCUUUAUUUUUAUUAUUUUUUCACUGUGCAUGUAACAUACAAUUGA